GUUAUCGAGACAGCAGGAACAGCUGAGAGCACACAACACAACAAGCCACCGACAGCCAGAGCUACGCAAUAGUGUUUGACACAACAAUACAAAAGACGUUAGAGGUUUGUUCCAGUGCUGACCAUUUACCUGAAGUGAUGGGGAGGAUUUUUCUGGACCACAUUGGCGGAACGCGCCUGUUCUCCUGUGCGAACUGCGACACCAUCCUGACGAACCGAUCCGAGCUGAUCUCCACGCGCUUCACCGGGGCCACAGGCAGAGCGUUCCUCUUCAACAAGGUGGUGAAUCUGCAAUACAGUGAGGUGCAGGAUCGAGUCAUGCUCACAGGCAGACACAUGGUGCGGGACGUCAGCUGUAAGAACUGCAACAGCAAGCUGGGCUGGAUAUAUGAGUUUGCGACGGAAGACAGCCAGCGCUACAAGGAGGGGCGUGUGAUCCUGGAGAGGGCGCUAGUGAGGGAGAGUGAGGGAUUCGAAGAGCAUGUUCCUUCUGACAGCUCCUGAGGGGCCUUUCCUACACACAUGCACCCCUCGGGGGGGGGGGGGGGGGUCAGCCAGUAAUACACAAUCCCACAAACAAACAAGCAAGCAACACUGUUCAUACUGUGGUCUGUAACCUUUUCAUCACUGAGCGAGAGAUUGAGAAAGAGAUCACUCACCAACAACAAUCACUCUGUUCAUAUGCUGUACACUGUCAUCUUAGUGCCCAGAGUCUGUUGUCUUGCACUUCUACCAUAGUAAGACGCUAGAAGCAAGUUGAGGAGCACAAAUCUUUAAAAGUAAUAAUAAUUAGCAAAGUGUUAAAGAUUGAGACCAGGGAGUUAAUGCUUAGUCCAAGACGACACGGACAAAUUUGUUGAACUUGACCUGGAUUUUACUGGUUUUGACUAAUUCAGGUGGAUGGGGGUUCGGUUCAGUUCAGUUCUGUGCAAUGCAGUACAAUGCAGAGUUGCACCUGCUUCACAAAAUCUCUGAAAAACGUGACAACUAUCGUUUUGUGAUUGUGCUCUUCGAUUUGAAAAACGCUGUAAUGUAAAAAGUAUUAUAUACAGUAUUAGACUCAUGAAUUUAUUUUGUUUGUGUUUGUAUACAAUGAAAAUCAGCUGCAAGUGAAGAGAUGAUUGACAUAGCAAUGCUAAUAGUAAUAAUAAUCUUUUUUCUUUUAAAUUGAUUAAUAUUUGAUAUUAUUAAUAUUUGAUAUGAUUUUCAUCCUUGUAGCGUACAGAAAAUUAAAGAUUUAAAGAAGGGAGAUUUAUGAUGGGGAAUGUGAAAGGGGUUUGCUUUUGGUUUUGUGUGAUUUAAAAAAUAAAAAAAACUAAAAGGUAAACAAAAAGACAUUUAGGAACAACAUUUGUUUCUUCCUGUCUUUCUCUGUUGCUGUUUAUUUAUUCAGUUUUUUUAAUUGUCUAUUUUCUUUGCACAAGCAUUCACACAUACCAAGCACCUACUCGAGCUAACACACAGUGGAUGUUUGUUUGUAUGCCUAUUUGUCAGUCAGUCUGUCUGUUUAAAUGUCUUGUCUAUUUAGAUGCAUAGAUCUUGUUAGCAUUGCCUGAUUGCUCAAGGUCCAUUGUUGUUGUGACUUCUGCUGGCCCUGCUUGUGCCAUUUCCAUGCAAGAGGGGUGAGGGUCAUGCCUUUUUAUUAU